AUGAUCAAUUGGAAGACGGCUCCUCUCCGAAAGCGUCAUCAUCAAUCUUCUUCUACCAAUCAAACACUCAAUUCUAGCAGUAGUCCAGAGGACCAUCAUAAUGCGCAGGAUCAAUCCAACAAUAAUAUGAGCACUCGUUUUGAUACCAUCAGCUCCGAAAUGAGUAGCACAGCUUCCUCGGCUACUGCACCAGAUACGACGGCUACCUCUCGGUUGGACGACUUUUUACAAGAAGCCUACAAUAUUUCCAGUGCCUCAGCGCACCACCAAAAACCAUGGCAAACCCAGUGGAAAUACUGGUCCAUUAUUCUGUCUUGUGGGAUUGCUAACUCGUCCGAUGCCUCGGAAAUCUUGUGCUUGUCCUACAUACUAAGUGACGAGACGUUUACCGAUGCGAUACUCGAACAUUCCUCCUGGAAAGGAGGACUCUUGGCGGCUGCCGUCUUUUUUGGCAUGCUCGUAGGAGGAUUAUUCAUAGGGACCUUGGGUGAUUGGUUGGGACGGCGACCUGUGUUGCUGGUGGGACUGGCUUGUAAUUCCAUUGCUGGCAUUCUCAGCGCCAUGGCACCCAAUGUUUACAUCCUUUCACUGUUGCGAUGCAUUGCCGGAGUUGGGAUUGGAGCCACGGUUCCACCCCUUUUCACUUUGGUGACAGAGCUAGCUCCACCCUCGCAUCGAGGGUUUUGCGUAACUCUUGUUGCGAGUUUCUGGAUGGUAGGCAGUAUCUUUGUGGCGCUAAUGGCAAUGCUUCUUUUGGAACACAUGGCAGUAUCCUGGAGGGUCUUUGCCAUGGCUUGUGCGCUGCCAAGUCUUUUAGGAUUUGUAUUGUGCAAAGAGCUGGUGCCUGAAAGUCCCAGAUUUUUGGCGCUUGAGCAGAGGCAUGAAGCCGCACUGGAUGUGGCCAACUUUUUGGCUCAACGAAUGAACUCGGACAACAGCAUUGCAAGCUUUACCCAGGCACCAUUGACUCUGGAAGAACUCCAGCAAGCCUUUCCAUCACGGUCAACAAAUUCUCCCCUUCCCUCGCAUCCUUUGUCAGAAUCAUUAUCUUGCCGGGGAAUGGUCACCAUGGCCCUGAACGACUUUUUCCUGUCAUCAAGACAAUUGUACACACCACAAUUGAGGAACACCACUUGGCCAUUGCAAAUGGUUUGGUUCUCUCUCAGUUUUGGUAGCUAUGGUCUAUUAACUUGGAUCAAUACCUUAUUUGUCCAAGUCCACUUGAAGAAUGUCUACUUCAAUGCCCUUUUGUUUGCUUUUAGCAAUCUCCCAGGCAACAUUUUGACGGCAGUGUACAUGGACAAAGUGAGCCGUGGCAAAAUGCUGACCUUCUGCAUUCUCGCCAGUGCCGCCAGUUUGGUGGGAUUUGCCUUGGGGGCCUUUUCUCUGAAUUCCUUUUUGAUUGUGGGCAGUGCCUGUACUUUUCAAUGUUUUACAGUGGCUGCCUGGAACACGAUUGACACCAUGACGAGUGAACUCUUUCCUACUACCGUCAGAUCCACGGGAAUGGGGGUUUGUGCCGCAUCGGGGCGAGUGGGUGCUAUGGUGGCACAAUUUGUCAAUGGAGCACUAGUGACAAAACCUGUCCGACUCUUACUUGUGGCUUCCGUCACUCUUGUGUUAGGAGCAUUGACCCCGGCGCUGCUUCCAGAUGGAGGCGAUAUGACUGGCCAACCAGUGCACGAUUUUGCUGUCGACGAGAAUUCCCCCACGGAAAAGAUAUCCCAUGAACCGUUGAUACAGCAGGAAAACCAAAGCUACCAAGAUGAUCCAAACAAUGAUAGCGCCCGGUCCGAAGGCUCCAGCUCAUACCGAAUGGUAUAA